GCCUCUCACUCACUGAUUAUCGCAGCACGAGGGUGGCGAAGCCCCAUCGGUCGAGUUUUGACAGCCGUUCUUCCGCCCGCUAACUUCCUGACACUGCAUUACCUCUACUUCAUCGGAACUUGCCUGAUAAGCAGUUUUAUUUUCUACCUCACAUCUACACCAUGGAAGAGUGUAUCCUACGUUGAUGCCAUUUUCCUGUGCGUGUCGGCUAUGACCGGGGCGGGCCUGAACACUGUCGACCUGUCAACUUUGAACACAUUUCAGCAGGCCAUCUUGUUCAUCCUGCUGAUUAUUGGCUCCGCCAUUCUCAUCUCCAGCACUGUGCUGAUGGUGCGUAAGCGGGCAUUCGAGGCUAAACUAAAAGGUGUCUCGGAUGAACGCGAGGCUUCCAGGGAGGCUUCCAGACGUGCCUCAGUCUUGGAACUCCAAACGGGAAAUACGGAUGUCUUAGAACAUUCCCCUUCCGAUGACGACCACACCCUGUAUCGCAAGAAGUCAGCCACUGUCCACGUCCAAGAAGCUUCGGCGGAAUCGUCUGCCCGCCAUGAUCAACAUUGGGUAGACGAUGACCAAGUCACAGUGGCAGAUCUACACCUACGAAACCAUCGUCAACACUCUCUGUUCCCUAUGGCGGGUGUUGGUGCCCGACCAGAUCUUCAAAACCACCCCCGCGACGUGGCUGGUCCAAUGCCUCUAUAUGCCGAAGAUGAAAACCCAAGCUUCAAGCAUAAAAUGAUUCGCGGCACACAGAAGUACUUCUUGUCUAAGGGGAAGAUAUCGCGCAACUCACAAUUUCAUGGACUGACAUCUGCUGAGCGCGAAGAGCUUGGUGGCGUCGAGCUCAAAGCAGUUUCCUUUCUCUCCGUUGUUGUCUCGCUAUACUUCGUCAUGUGCCUCCUGCUUGGUAUCAUUGGCAUGGGUGCAUGGCUGCAAGCGAACCACCCUGAUGUUGCUGAAGUGAACGGACUGAAUCCAUUUUGGACAGGUGCCUUUUUUGCCGUCUCGGCUUUUGCGAAUAGUGGCAUGUCUCUACUAGACAUGAACAUGACCGCCCUGCAAUUAAAUGCCUACCCCCUCAUCACACUGGGAUUCCUCAUUCUUGCCGGAAACACACUUUAUCCCUGCUUUCUGCGGUUCAUCAUCUGGACCAUGCGAAUGAUGAUACCGGACCGACCAGCGUGGAAAUCAUGGCGCCUUACUCUAGAUUUCAUCCUCGAGCAUCCACGGAGGGUAUAUACCAACCUAUUCCCAGCUCGACAUACAUGGUAUCUCCUCGGUACAAUCAUAAUCCUCAACGGCAUUGACUGGGCCGGUUUCGAAGUCCUCUCCAUCGGAAACAAAGAAAUCGAAGCCCUCCCAUCCAAGUACCGCGUCCUGGACGGCUUAUUCCAAGCACUAGCCGUUCGUGCCGGAGGCUUCUACGUGGUCACAAUCGCCGACCUGCGCCAGGGCCUAUUAAUCCUCUACGUGCUUAUGAUGUACGUCUCAGCGUACCCAGUGCUCCUCACGAUACGCAACACCAAUGUUUAUGAGGAACGUUCACUGGGAAUAUACGCCAACGAUGAAAGCGAAGAACCCGCCAACACAAGUCGGAGCAAUGUGCUCAUGGACAUUAUCCGGCAGCACAUGGGUCGUCCGACACUAACUGAGUCCUCGCGCGGAUACUUCGUGCAUCAACAACUGCGUUCCCAACUCAGCCAUGACAUAUGGUGGAUUGCGCUCGCGGUACUUUUCAUAGCGAUAGCCGAGAGCGACCACUAUAAGAACCAACCGGUCGCAUUUUCGACAUUCAAUAUCAUCUUCGAGGUUGUUUCUGCGUACGGAUGUGUCGGCGUGAGCGUUGGGUAUCCUGGGAAGAAUUAUAGCUUCUGCGGGGCUUGGCAUACUAUCAGCAAGUUGAUUCUUGCUGCUGUUGCUCUUCGUGGACGUCAUCGUGGGCUACCUGUUGCCAUUGACAAAGCUAUUAUGUUGCCAAGUGAGUCUUUGGCGUGGGCAGAGGAGGAAGACGCUGCGAUGAGAAGGGAGCGAACAAGGGCCUGGGGCCAGGAGAGAAUGCCCGUGGGAUCUGUGUAA